AUGUCAGCGUUCCAGAAAUGGACGGUCACUGAGCCGUACAUCGAUAUCGCAGGGACCUUGUUGGAGGGACCGUUCUAUGAUGAGCCCAGAAAUGAGUUCCGCUUUGUUGAUAUCUGGGAGCAGAAGUUCUAUGUGGUGGACUUAGCCAAAGGCCCAGACUCAUUGAAGACUAUUGAUACGUCUGCUUCCAUCGGGGUAACUGCCAACAUCAAAGAUUCUGGCGAUGCCUACAACGGCCAGAUAAUUGUAGCCGCAAAACAUGGAUAUGCUCUUCUCGACCGCGCCACGGGUCAGCUCUCGUAUAUCUCCAAGGUUUGGGAUGACCAGAAGGACCCAGAGAGAGCCCGCAUAAUGCGUUUCAACGACGGGGCAGUCGACAGCCAUGGGCGAUUCUGGGCGGGUUCAAUGAAUGACCCCAAAGUGCAGUCCCCGGUCAACGAGGCCGUUCUUUUCAGACUGGACCCCGACAUGAAAGUGCGCCGUAUGGUCGAAGGUCUGACUAUUCCUAAUGGGAUUGGUUGGAACCAUGCAGACGAUACAAUGUACCUGACCGACUCACCCACUGGCAAAAUUUACGCGUAUGACUUCGAUGCCCAAACCGGAGAGAUUAGCAACCGUAGAGUCCACUUUGACCUGGGAGAACCAAAGGAACCUGAUGGUUUUGCCAUUGAUGCAGAAGGCUGUAUCUGGAGCGCCAUUUACGGGGGUGGUAAAGUCAUCCGUAUCUCACCGGAAGGGAAAGUCAUUGGAGAAGUGUCGCUUCCCACGAGAAACAUCACCUGUCCGAUCUUUGUGGGGACUGAGCUACUCAUCACCACUGCCAAGGAUGACACCGAUGAUGAGCAGUUCCCGAACUCAAUUCGGUAUGGAGGGCGAGUCUAUAGAGUUGACGUGGGAAUCAGGGGCAAGCCCAAGAAUGAGUUUCGGUUCCAAAACUGA